UACUUGCUAGUUACGGAUGCGGUCUCCACAGCGCAUCAAGUCACAUUUCCACACUAUUAAAGAAUUAAAAACAGUGAAAUAACACAUAUCUUCAUAAAUGGAUCGAGGAACGGUAUCAUACACAUCGAAAGUGUCUGUGGCAGGAUCUGAUGAAAAAUUACCAGUAUUAGGAGUCAGUACUAAAAUGGGGAUGGAGCCCAUAAAGGCGAGGAGGUGCUUCUCGAGGGCUGUGAACCGCGGUGUGCAGCUCUUGGACACAGCUUAUUCCGACAUGUGCGAGCAGGAGCUAGCCAAAGUCCUUAACCUGUGCUGGAGGAGAGGCGAUACUAGGAAUGAGUUUUUCAUUAUUACGAAGCUGCCACUCGUCGGCAUGAAAUGGAACAUGGUCAGCAGGUUCUUGGACAUAUCUCUCAAGAACCUGGGCUUGAACUACGUGGACGCCUUCCUGAUGGAGGCGCCCGUGGGCCUGCAGUACAUAAAUGAUACCGAAGUCCGUCCAGUGGACGAAAAGGGAAACUGCCUUUUGGACAUGACCACAGACCUGCUAGAAAUCUGGAGACAUAUGGAAAUAUUGUUAACAUCUGGCCGAGCAAGAAUGAUAGGGGUUAGUAACUUCAACAUAGAACAAGUGGAGUGCCUCAUUAAUAAGGCUCGCAUCCCGCCGGCGAUAGCACAACUCGACAUCAACGCUUACAACAUGCGCAGUAUUGAGAGGAGGCUGCUUAGCGACCUUGGUGUCUCCGUGAUGGCUGUAUACGUCACGGGUAACCCUUUGCUGGAUGACAGUGAUAAGCUACCGGUCUUGCGGAAGCAUCCCAAAGUGAAGGAGAUCGCCAGGAACCACAACGUGAACUCCGUCUGCGUGUUGAUCAAGUACCUCAUCCAGCAGCACAUCGUGUCCCUCGUUAAGUUCACCUCUGUUGAUGAACUUGACAAGACCUUUGAGACAAUCGAUUCUUUCACGCUGACUGCCGCAGACAUGGGCACGCUUCAUUCCCUGGAUCAGGGUGGAGACUUACGACUCCGGGAUUUUGUUGAUUACAAAGGAUGCCAGAAUCAUCCGGAGUUUCCUUUCUCGUACGAUGCUAGACAUCCAGACGUGAAUCCUGGAAAAUGGAAGCGUUCCCGAAAUCUGCUUGGCACUCCACCACGGUACGACUUCCUUGACCCAAAUUGUCCCUUUCCUAUCAAUGAGUAUGAUUAUCGAAGGCUUCCUUCUCAUCCGCCACAACCUUACGUAACCAGUAGCAAAAGACCUCUGAGCAUUACUGAAGAAAACACACCAAAUGUAUCCAGUCUAAAGAGACCCUUCUGCCUAAUAGAGGGAGAAGCAAAAAAUCAAGAAGCACAUAAGAAACAGAAUGAGAAAGUUACUAUACAACGAUCCGUUUGCAAUCUUGUGUCACUCGUACAUGAGGAAUCUCCAUCACAGGGUACUAAUAUGACACCAAACAUUCAUCUUGGGCAGAGAGAUGAGGCAGAUAACACGCUCCCAAAAAUCUGGGCUAAGGGUUACAUCAGUUUAACUCUUACGACGGAGAAAGGUCUCUUUAAAGAUGUUCCGACCCAUUUUUCAGGGGAAUUCCAGGUUCCUCUAAAACCUGAAGGUAGUGUGAAGAAGGAUAUGCCUGAAGAGACUGAUUACGAAGACGAACACAUAGGCACAGAGGCAGUAAAAGGAAAUCAUUCGUUACCCAACAGAAUUCCAUCCCCCCGAAUCCCUUCCACGGCUCUGGCUCAAAGACGUUCUCAAGCUGUGACAGGUCAAUUUCGGAAAGAAACACGACAUCGGAUGCGCCGUGAAGAUGAAAUACCUUAUCAGCCAUACACCAAAAAGUGCGGAUGCGAGUGUCCUGGGUGUAAUAAAAAAAACCCAACCUCUGGAAAUAAGAAACGACAGUAAUAGUUUACCGUGCAAUAAAAUUAUGAAAAGAAAGAAGCUGAAUGUUUACCAAUAAAGCCACACAAAUAUAUGGAAUUUUCUACUAGCAAAAUUGAUACGGAAAACCAGUAAGAAAAAAUUAAUUAACAUGAAAGUGAAAUAAGUAAAACACUUCAUCUCAAUGAAGAAAAAAAUAAUGAAUUAGAAGCUAUCAAAAAAAUAGUCACUUUAAAAAGCCAUAUUUUUCUUCAGGUACAGAAUAUGGUUACAACAAAGAUGAUAUCGAAUAUCACUGCGCAUUUCUGAAAACAGAAAACACAGUGUAUGAUGACAAGCAUCCGAAAGGAGGCACGGGGGAGACCAGAAGACGCGUCAAAAGAAGCAUAUAAAAAACUCGUUUGCUGGAUGGACCAGGCGCUCAUCUAAUUCUGAUGGCUAGACAUUUUAAUACCAAUGUGAAACAUACGAGAAUACUUAACUGAUGAUGGCUAUACAUAUAAUUAUCUUCAUGCUUAUAAAAACAUGAUUUAUACUUCGGUAAUUUGAUGGUAUUUGAUAUUUAAGUUUAGAAGCAAUGAUGCUUAUAUAUCAUAUUAAGGAGACAUUAGCACUUGCUAUUUUAUUAUUUUCUUUUCAAGAAAUAAGUUUAGUUCCUGCAAGGAAAAAAAUGAAUAUUCAUUUGAUAUUCUAAAAGGAAUCGUAUUUCUUUUCGCGACUGAAUGACUAAUGUGUAUUACUCAAAGGAAUUAAUUGAACUAUUUCUUCAGUAACAAGUAUUGUGUACCGGUGAAAGGCGAAAGACUUAUUGCUGUCUGAACCUGUACCCCACAUCAACUUUGCGUCAGAUUCUUGUGGUUCAUUACACACCCACAAACAUAAAAUAUUCUGCAUAUGAGAUCCUAAUCUUUUUUUCUUUGUUACAUUACUAUGUAUGUAUGCACAUUAAGAUGAAAAAAUAAUACAAUGUAUCACAGAUUUUUCAUCUAUGAAUAGUAGGUCCAGAACCUACAGUAACUUCACUAAAUCUUGAUUUAAAUAA